AUGUGGGCACCACGGGUGCUAACCACAGCAGGAACGAGAUGUACUUCUCCUCUCUUUCGAUCUCUUGUAUUACGUUCUCUAUCAAUUAAAUCAGGCAAUAAGUUACCAUCUCAUCCAUUUGAGAUUGAUCUGAAUCCACUCGUAUCAUCAUCGACCCUUGACACGCUCAAUAUAAUUGAUCCAAAACGUCCAUUGGCAUUAGAAAACGCCGAGACUACUCAGCAUGAGCUCAAUCUGCUGAAUGAUGAAAUGUCUGCACUUUUUGGGGAACAAGUGGCAAAAUAUGGACAAGAUGAAACAUUGUCGACUGUAUUUGAGAACCCAAAGACGACCAUACGACGUGAGAAGACGCUGUUGAAGGAGGAUCAAACUUGUACUGGUGAUGCUGUUGAUAUUGAGCAGAAUGAGCAAUGCUCAAUGUUACAUGGAGAGCUCAAGAUGAUGAAGAAGAUGAAGAGGCAAAGAAUUAGUGAGGAGAAAAUUACGGGUAGAGAUACGAUUUUGCCAGUGGAUGUGUUACUGCUUCAAGGUCCGUGCAGCUUUGUGCGAGGUGUUUGGACUAGUGGUGAUGUUAAGAAGGAGGAGUUGUUGCAACGAGUGCAAGCACAUGCUGACCACUUGAAGAUUGGUAUGAAGAGCUACAAUUAUGACUCGGAAAAAAUGGUCUUGGAGAAAAUACUCGAGGCACGUGAAAACCAAGUGAUUGUGCUAUGCUGGAACAUUAGUCUGAGCAAGUCACCGUUCAUUGUUCACGCACUCGAGCACGUUCAGUCCAACGCUAUCAUCGUGAGUCCCGGUAACAUAGAGCAUGGACCUUUACCGGCAAAUGUAGUUGGUGUGCUGUCAGGUUUUGGGGACCAAUCUUUAUCGCUAGCAUUGAUCGCCGCUGCGAACCUUUGCGGGCUUGAUACGAGGAAGGAUUAA